AAGUCAACUGUGCUGCUAUGGAGCAGAAAUUUAGAAAAACAAAGUUUUUUUAUAAUGAAAAGUAAAACUUUUUUUAACAUGAUGCCUGUUAUUGAAAUGGACAAUUGGUUAAUUGAAUCUAAACUCCCAAAUGCCAUGCAUUACUGCGUCUGUCUAUGCAAACACAGGGAUGCUUCACCAAAUGUCUCUUUUGUUUGAUGGCAGUAUAACACUUACUUGGAUACACACCAAAACAUCAUAUUCUGCAGACACGCGUCAAUGUGAAGAUGUUUUUUCGGUCCUUUCCUAAAAAUCAAGGGUUUUUAAAUGUCCAGAAUUCAGAAGCCAAAUGUGAUUUCACUUAUUUGUAUUUGCAAUGGUUAAUUUAGUUUUACAUGAUUUAAAUAAUUUCCCCAUCUAAUUCAUUUCAGACAACAAAUUCAUAAACAACAGUGCGUCUUUGCCACUUUUUAUAAUCAUCAAAAUGGUGUAAAAUACUUUUUACAGUAAGUACGUACUGUAUUUGGUCAAAAGAAGAACUGUGAGAAUCAUUUAGAACCAGGAAACGGUGAUAACGAGCAGCAAGAUGAUAUGAGGGCGCAAAACAUGCCCCCCUGCUUUUGCCAUUUGAUGUUGAGGCUGUGUUGCUAGGGGCAACCAUCUGAGCAAGAGAAAAUGGAGAAAUCGGGAAAUGGAGACAGCAAACGGCAGCAAAGGUAUAGCUGGCAGAAAGUGAGCCAAAUGAGAUCAGCAGAGAGGAGAGAGAGACCCAACGCAUCAGCAUUCUCACGCCUCACUCUGCCUCACUCGACCGAGCAGAGCUGAUCAAAUCAGACGAUGGAGCAAAACAGUCAAGCAGAGGACACGACAGCCUGCCAGCAUCAGCAGCAGGGAGGCAAGGCUGCCCAAUCAUCAGCUGACAUGCCCACGAUCUCAGCGGCCAAUGAGAUGUCAGCAGGCUCCUCCCCUGCACAACUACUCAGAUGCAGAGACGGCACAAGCCCCGCUCAGCUCUCCUAUUAAUGAAUGGAGCAGCUCCCCGGCUGCAUCACUGCUCAUCUCUGCACCGACUGCCCCGGCUGCUCCGACUCAGGAAGACGGAGGGAAAACAAGGACGGCAGGAGCACAGAGCGAGCUGAAGACUGACCAUGAAGAGACGACAGAGAAGCAAAGACUACCUUGAGGACACAGCAGAGACCAUGGCAGCAGCGAUUACAAACGUCGACCCACAUCCAGAUCUGCUCCCACCUAAUUCACCUUCACCGUCCUCGUCUUCACCCCCUCUCCCUCCGUUAGCCAUGCCGCCUUCUACAUCUGCCUCAGCUCUCCUCGCUCUGGCCUCUCCAGCCACCAGACGCUCCAUUUCCAUGGGAGACUUCCGGAGGGUGACAGGGGCGCUACUAGCCGGUUCCGAUCCCCCGUCCACCUCAGCCACGGUGCCCUCGUCCAGACUUGUCACCCCCAGCUCCAGCAUGGAGUUCGAGGCAGCUCGGCGGCGGCUCCUGGAGGUGGAGGAGCGUCAGCGUGUCAUCAGAGAGAUGGAGCGGCGGCUGGAGGAGCUCAGACAAGUGUUUGUACACUCAGAACAGCAGGUGGUGGUCCAUGGGGAGCUGGUGUCGAGGAUUUCUAACGCAGCCCAGCAGGGGGAGCUGUACGUGGCCGAGAACAGCCAACGCCUGAAGAAAGGCCUGAAGUUCAAGAAACACCGACCCACCAUCGUCUUCUCCUCCAUGCUCGGACUCCGCACGUGCCUCCCCUGGCCUGUGAAGCUAAAAUAGUACGACGAGAACUGAUUUCAACUCUUGCUUUUCGCAAUUGUGCUUCACACAAACACAUGGAGAGACUUCCAUUCUUUGGCCAUCACACAUGGGCACUGCUGCUGUCAAAUUUCCACUGUUCUGCUAUUAUAUCCUGAGGCUGGUCCUCCCUCUCUUUAGAGUGCCUACAAUAAUCACAAAUGCUAAUUACUUUGCUGCUUGCUCUUUGCAGCGUUUCAGGAGAGAGAUGGCACACUGACGUGGAAGCUGUGGUGCAUGGAUGAGUCAUUUCUGGUGAUGUGGGAGUAGUGGUUCAGAGUCAGACUGACCCGCGAGGUAAUAGGAGCUCUGCCGUCUUUUGUUUUAUGCGGCAACGGACAAAAAUAGCCAACGUGGAUGUCAAUCUCUCCAAGAAAAGGAAAACAGGACACCGGAUGAGGACACGAGUUAAAGGCGUCGUAGGGAACGACAGCACAAGAUUUUAAAAAAGAGAGAAAACGCACAAAUGAGUGUCAUUGAAAGGCCCACUCAUUAAAUAGCACAGAUUUCAUAACAAUGGCCCGACAACGAAGCAGCAGAGGAGUUCACGUUGGGACAAUUCCACCUGUGGCUUCUUUUCAACCAGUCACCUAGCAACCGCUCAUUUCUCCAUCCUAAAUCUGCCUCCCGCGCGUACAACGUGUGUCCAGCAGAGUGCUGUCACUGCACCGCCGCUCGACAGCUGCAGAGACCUGCUGAAGGACUUACCGUGCAAGCUUAUUGCACGGUAAAAUGUGUCCAUCGCUGUCGGCUGAUCGUGUUUCGGUGUUUGAACGUGAUGCAGAUUUGACCCUGAGGCAUCACCAGUGUAGUGUGUACAUACACUAUUUUAGGUAGGGCUAAGAUUUGAAUUGUAGUUAGGGUCAGGCGUUACGUGGUUAUAGUUAAGGUUAGGGAUAAGACUUUGUUUAGGUUGUCCAAUUGAAUGAAAGUCAGAGUGUGUGUGUGUGUGUGUGAGUCUGAGGGAGAGAGAACAACCAGUCCACCAGGGAGAUCUAUUUUUGUCUUUCAAAGGUUACGGGCAGAGAGAGGGAGAGAGAGAGAGAGACAGGCAUUCAAUCUUGGUGCAACAUUCACACCUUUAAAAAGCGUGUAUAGCGAUGAGAGUGCAUCGAAGCGUCCAGCUCGUGCUCCCGUCUGCUCUUCUAAGCAACAACAAAAGAGAACCGGGCUGUUUACGAGAGAGGGUUUAUGCUUUCGACUUCUGUAAUAAUUGCUCACUGUAGGUUUCCAUGCACUUAGAGAUAUUCCAAUUUUAAUUGCUCCCCAGUUGCAGAGCCGGGCAUGAUGGGAAUAUGUUACUUCAUCAGUUGACUUACAUAAGAGAUGAGGGGAAAAAUACGAUGCAUGCAAAUGUAGUUUACGAUAUAUAGGACGUCAAUUUAAAUCUAGCUCUGUUUCCUAAUUUGAUUAUAAGGGCUUAAUGCUAAGUUAUUGGUAGCAUAGUUAAAAGGGACACUCUACCUAAUUUAGAUCAUAUCUUGGUGAUGUUAUAAGUGUCGGAUCACCUUAAGGUUUGAUGUUGAGGAGUUUUUAAAAAUAAUAAUAAUAAUUGGGACACAUGGAUGUUAUUUUGUUGCAUCGUAGGAGAUUUUAGCUCCUAUAUUUCUGGAGUUGAACUUUUUUUAAAGGAACAAAUGACUAAAAAUAAUCAGGGUAUCUGUCACUUGGACUUUUUAAAAAAAAAAAUCUUUAGUGCUUUUAAAAUGCAGUUACACAAAGACAACGUUCUUGACUUCUCUGCUUUUAGAUUCCUCAACGCCGCGAUGACACGAUUGUCGAAUGUCGACUAGCAUUCCACGUGGCCAAAGGAACUGCGCCGUUCCGUGUCCACGUCACUGAUAGCAGCGUGUAGAAUGACCUAGUCUCUUAGUCGUGGUCCUAUUAUGUGAAUAUACAGCUGGCCUAUAUAUUGCUUUUUAAUAUGCCUUAUGUGAUGUUUGUCCAUCUGCAGUUCGAGUGAUUACAGGAACAUCAUUAUCUGAUAAAGCGGGAGGAAAAACUGUUUUUGUGUUUUUUCUAUGAAUGACAAAGUAACACAAUGUUUUCCCAAAGAUUUCUGGGCCCACUUGCAGAAUGAAUGUAAUUUUACUCACUUUAUCUUUUUCUUUUUUUCUGAAGAUGAAAUGUCAAGUAUAAUCACAACCUUUUGAACCUGUGGUCAGCAAUGAAUCACUUUCUUUAUAUUUAAGGUCAGGUGUGGCGAAGGCAGGCGAUUCUGGGAGCCACAACUUUUUACAACUACAGCUCCCAAAGCCCUUUAAUUAUACUGUACUUACAAAUGCUGGACAACCACAGGUCCAAAAGCACCUCUCGUGUGUUUAAACGUUUUAAUAAUGUAUGUUUUGUGUUCUAUGUAUGUAUGAUCUGGUGGACUAUAAGCACAGAAUGUUCUUAUAUUCUCUAUUCACAGUAUAAUGAUGUAAUGCUACUUUUAGUAUGAAUGUUGAACUUUACAAACAAAAUGUAAUAAAUGAAGAGUCACAACAGGUUUAGAGUCAGCUGACUUUCAGGGAACCAGCUUUCUGCAUCAUUUUUUGCCAGAUUUACGGUAACGUGACUCAAGAUUUCACUUCAAAUCAGCUGGUUGGAAAGUUACUUGUCCCCAAACCUUUCCGAUAUACGAGCACUGUGUCUGCACUUAACGAAUGUAUGUUCUGCUUUGUUUUGGUAAGAUACGCUGAAGUAUUCUAAUAAAUUCACUUCAUGACUUAAA